GAACUACUGCUCUGCUUUGUGUUUUCCCUUCCCCAUUCCUGUCUCUCUCCUCUUUCGUUUGGAUGCGUUGCAAAUAAACACACCUUCGUUCACGAUCUCUCCGCGCGUAGAUCAUCCCACGCACUGUCCACUCAUCCACCAUACCUCAGUACCAAGCAUGCGUUCUUCUCUCGUUGCCAGCAGCAUUCUGGCCGGCCUGGCUGCCUCGGUCAAUGCCAUAUCCACCAUUUCAAUCAAGGGCUCCAAGUUCUUCACCAGCGAUGGAGACCAAUUCUACAUCAAGGGCGUUGCAUACCAGUUGGUCCCCGAUGACCCGCUCCUCGACAACACCCAGUGCAAGCUCGAUGCCAGCUUGAUGUCCGAACUUGGUGCCAACGCUAUCCGCGUUUACCACGUUGAUCCUAGCAAGGAUCACGCCGAUUGCAUGAAGACCUUCGCCGACGCUGGUAUCUACCUCUUUGUUGACCUCGACACUUUCGACACCCAGAUUGAGCAGGACUCCCCUCACUGGAAUGAGACCCAACUUUCCCGUUUCGGAAAGGUCAUGGACGCGUUCCACCAGUACGACAACACGGCCGGUUUCCUUGUCGGCAACGAAGUCCUCACCACGGGCAAUGGCUCCGUCGCUGCUCCUUACGUCAAGGCCGCUGCCCGUGACCUCAAGGCUUACCGCAAGUCCAAGGGCUACCGUGAGAUCCCUGUCGGCUACUCUGCUGCCGACAUUUCCACUCUUCGUCCCAUGCUUCAGGACUACUUUUCCUGCAGCAGCAACAGCUCCGAGAAUCUUGAUUUCUUCUCGCUCAACGCCUACGAGUGGUGUGGUGAUUCAACCUAUACCCUAUCGGGCUACUCCGAGCUCCAGAAGAAUGCCUCGUCUUACAACAUCCCCAUUUUCUUUUCCGAAACUGGCUGUAACACCGUGCGUCCGCGUACGUUUGGGGACCAAGUUGCCAUCUUCGGUGACGACAUGGCAGAUACCUGGAGUGGCUCUAUUAUCUAUGAAUGGAUCGAAGAGGCAAACAACUACGGCAUCGUCAGCUAUGGCAAGAAGGUGGACGCCACAGCCGCUGAUGCUCCUCCUGAUGGCUACCCUCGCUCUGGUACCCCCACCCCGGUGAACCCAGACUUCUCCAACCUGAAGUCUCAGUGGGCCACCCUUACUCCUACAGGUGUCAAAAAGUCUGCAUACACUCCCAGCCUGACCGCUCCUGCUUGUCCUUCCUUCACGUCGAAUGUGUGGGAGGUCAACGGUGCUGUUGCUCUUCCCACGCUUGGAGCGACCUACGACGCCUCAGUCCGCAGCAGCAUCACUGCAGGUACGGCUGCUACUGGCUCUGCUACUGGCACUGCUGCUUCCGCUAGUGCGACCAAGACUGGUGCCGCGAGCCCCGCGCGUGAAGUCAAGGGCAUGGGCCUUGGUCUCGCCGGUGUUCUAGCCGGUGCCGUUUACUUCCUGUAAUCAACCUCCGACGUGGACAGGUCCACAUAUUUCCGUACAUAAACUUUCUUUUCUCUGCCACAGCUCUAUGGCGUAAUUCUUGGUUAUGUUACGACUUUGAAGUAUAGCAUAUCAAACAGCGCUCUCGGUUUCCUGGAGAACCGCCUGGACGAACGCGCAUGCAAACCUGUAAGACUAUAGAGCAUAGAGGCCAGCAUAACUUCACGAAGCUAGUGACACGAAUAAUAAACAUACAUUUUGCCUUCG